AUCUUCUGACAGCCAUUGUGUUCAGUUUGUUUACGAACGGUCGUUUUAAACCGUUAUAGGAAAAAAGUUCUGAUACAAUUUACAUGAUAAUAUUACUCCAGGAGGGAAAAUGAAACUCAAGACGAAAAGCAUGCAGAAAAUAUUGGUGCCCAUUGAGGAAAAGGUAAAAAAGCUGAGAAGUUUAUUAGAAAAUAACAAUUCUCAGCCUGUGGACAUCGCUGUAGUCAAAUCAAUGUUGCAUGAACAACUUCGCAAAUUGGCUGAAAAAUUUGCAUCUAUUUGCAAAGAAGAUGGCAACGAUUAUCAAGAAAUGAAAGACAAAAUCACCGCUGUGAUCGAAGAAUUUUGUACCUCGAUUGACAUCGAUAAACUAGAGAAAAGUGAUCAUGAAGGAAACAAGGAAGAUGUGACGGAAAUUUUGCUAAGUAAAUUUGUAUCGGCCCUCGAAAAUUUGGAAAAACUUGAGUGUCUUCCUAUGAAGCAAAAUCUUCAAGAUUGUUGGGAUUAUGUUAAGGACAUGGGCGCUGUUAACGAAAUAGAAGAUUUUCAAAAUAUAAAGGAGCUUGGCACUUCAAUAUUAGACAUAUUCGGUCCCUUGCAACAAUUUAAAAAUAAUUUAUCAUCUCAACAAUUAAAGGAGAAACUAGCACUCUAUUUAUGUCAGCUUUGUGCAACUUUCGAUAUGCUGGUGAAAUUAAUUGAGGAACAGCAUCAAUUAAAUGCGCCAAUUUUCAGUUGCAAAAAAUACGUUUGCGAUCGCUUGUGCUGGUGUUUUAAGGCUAUCAUCGAGAUCCUUGAUGCUUCAAAUCCAUCACCGGAAGAAGAAUUUUUCGAAAAAGAAAAUCACUUCGUCUACAGGAUGGACUUGGUCUUGGAUAUAAUUUCCGGGAUGGUUGGCCGAUCCCAGAAGGAGCAAAUGGGAGAAUGCGAAGAUUUAUGGCACGGCAUAGAGGACGUAUUUUCUCAUGCAAUGGCAAUUGCUCAAGUUUGUCAGCCCCAGAGUUUCAAGUCGAUAAGCGGAGUCUGUCAGUCAAUCAUGUCUGAGUACGAAAAUCUGAAGGUUCAGCUUCAGAACGAAACGCCCGAGCCAUCGAUGAUCAAUUUGUUUAUGAAUUCUUUGACCGACGCUUUGUACCGUUUAGAGCGCAAAGUCAACAUCUCGGUUCUCUCGCUCGUCAUGGAAGUCUUCAGCGAUCCUUUCAAUCCUCUCCGAAAACUCGUCAAGACCUGUGGAAUUUCAUUGACUGCCCGGAAAAGAUCAAAAACCGAUCUGAGUGAUACGGUGGAAGAUUUUGAUCAGCUGAUAGAUCAAGCGAUGCAGAUUGGAUCUUUUGCAAUCGCUUGUUGCAGAGACACCAAUAGAGUGAACAAAAUAAAAAAUUGCUUGGCAAGUUUGGAAUCGUUAGAGAUGGAGUUGGUUCCGGCAAUCACAGACUUUUACCUCCAUCCGGAUAACAAAGAAAAAAGGGCAAGUGUAAAACUUCUGACUGCUCAGUGGCAGGCGGAGAUUAAUAAAUUUCACAAUUUUGUGGACCUCAUUAUCGACUCAGCUGCCUACUGUCAGGUAAUUUUAGAUGAUAUUCAGGAACGCGUCACGACAAUGUCGAAUUGUUUAGACAAUAGGGAAGGCGUAUAUCCGCAACACGUUCAAGGAGUCGUGCAAAGAGCUUUGGCUCUUGCGAGUCAAAUUUCAGCCACUGUCGAUGACAUUGGACGAGACACUAUCGACAGGCAAACAAUCAUGAAAAUUCGAGAGCUGAAAGCUGCUAUUUAUGAAGCAGAUGCGGCUUCAAAAACUCUCCUAACCGAAAACACACCUGAACCUCAACAACUGAGAGUGAUAAAACGAUGCGAAAUGAUUCUGAAUGUUGUGAAAAAUCUUCAGCCGGUUUUGGUUUCGAUAAUGAACAAUUCAAUAUUGAUGAACACGUCCUAUAAAAAUCCUGGCAUGGGUCAAGGAGACAGUCUUUAUUCUAAUUCGUCUUUGUGCUUUCCUGCAAACGCACUUGACCUUCCCCAAGAUCAAAAAUCUCUCGCCUACAUUCGAACACCUUACACCGUGAGCAGUUUCAAACAACCUUUGUCCAUACAACCAGCCAAUAGUGUUCCCAGAACAUCCUCGGAUUUAACUUGCCUGAUUCCCUACAUAAAACGGGGUCGAAACAUGCGUUUGGAUCAGUCAAUUAUGUACAAGACUCCAAAAGAAGCGACCGAAAACGGCGAGAUAGUCACAAACGAGCUGAAAUUGAGAAAUCUGUCGAGUGUCAGGCAACAUUUGUUCAGCAGAGACAGUUUCUUAAAUAAUGGUUCCAUCGAUCUGACUGCCGAAAGUUUGGAUUUGACCAGUAUUUUGGAAAAAAUUACAGGCCUCUCCGACACUUUCACUUCCUUAGCUGAAAAUUCGUCAGAAAAGAUCUCAGUCGCUUUUAAUCAAUUAGCGGCAUUGAAAGAUUCAUUCGCAACUCAAAAAGGUGAGUGCUCAUCAAUUGGUGGAGGAGACGCUCCAUCUGCGGUCGAAACUCCCGAACGGAUUGAAGAUUUGCAAAAAUUGGAUAAGAAGAUUCAAGUUUUGCAGAAACAGAAAGAAUUAUCCUCACAGUGAGUGGAUUUUGAUGAAGAUUGAGAGAAUUUUAUAAUGGUGCCUUAUAGAAAUUAAAUUUCCUAAUUAGGUCCGUCCAUAAAAAGCAAAUUUAAUUUAAUUAAUUGAUAAGAUUGAGAUUUUACGAGAUUCAGAAGAUAGUUUAUUUAGUUUUUCACCUUGCAUGAUGAAUUUAGAAUUAUGAUUUCGUUAGCAGAGAGAAAUUUUGAUUGGAUUCUUAUUCAAGAAUUAAUUUAAUUGAUUCGCCGUUUUCCGUUCCAGGGUGGAUCAAUUUCCUGCCAGAUUUAUUGUUGAUAUUACUUUUAAGAUUAUUUUCAUUUCAGUAUUCUUAUAUUUCUAAGGUAAUAUUUAAUUAUACUGCAUGUAAUUCUUAAUUGAGAUAUGACGGUAUGGAUUUUUGGAUGAUUGGCAACACGAAUCUCUCUCGAAUUAUUUAUACAAAUAUUUGUUAAAGAGGUUUUGUAUACGUAAAUUUGAUUUAUAGUUACAAAUAAAUGUUCAUAUUCAUUAAAU